UCUUAACGAAUGAAGAGCUUUGAAGUCUAUUUUUAUCCUCCAAACUUUUCCCGAUUGAAAAAUAAUUAAUAAAACUUGUUAUAAUUAACAACAACAAUAAACUACAAGUGUCAAAAGUUUUGUCCAAUAGUUCAAAUCUCUGAGGAAUAUUUUGAUGGCGAUUAAUUAAUUAAUUGGAUUUUUAGGAAAAGUAGAUUUUCUUCCAUAAAAGAAAUAUCUCAGAUUUAUAAAUCGGAUAAAUGAAUCUCUCAGAAGCUGAAGACGAUCCUGAAUCUUACGAGAGCUCUGAGGAUGAAUGGGCUGAAACUGAGAAAAAAACAGCUAGAAGACGGACAACCAGAAAAACCGCAAAAAAACCUAAAAAAUCUUUGGAAGUAGAUGAAAGCAGUGAUAGUACAAGUGAACGGAAUUUACCUAAUAAAUCCAAAAAUGGUGCAGUUAGGAAAAAGAAAUCUCCUUCUUCAAAAGUUAGCCCGAGUGGUGCAUCUACCAAAAAAAGUGGACACAAAGUAGUGUAUUCGAAUAACUAUGCAGUGGGUUCAUUUGUCAUCUCCAAAAAAGAUGCUCAAGUUGGAGAUCCUAAUAAGCAUCCUUGGAUAUGGAGAAUAGAUGGGAAAUCUCUCCUCCAAAAGUAUGAACCAUUUGAACAUGAGGGAAAAAUCAGGCAUAAAAAUACUUCUAUUUAUACAGGCUGGUCACCAAUGGAUAUGGAUGAUUAUGCACCUCUUACGAUAGAUUUAAUAGAACAAACUGAAGGACAUGUUGUGGUUGAACUGCAUUGGGAUGAAUUAAAAAAGAUUAUACACAAUGACAGUGAAUGAAUGAAUGUCUCCCAAAUCUGGUGAUAUAGUUCAAUUUAGAAUUAUUUAUUUAAUUUUCUUUGAAGGAAUAUCCAUUAUAAUCAAACUUGAUAGAAUUUCCAAUCAUAUGUUGAACAUCCAUUCCAGUAUUUUGAAGAAAAAGAUAUUCAAAUUCGUUUGUACAUAAGUAUGAUUUUAUAACCUAUCAAUAUCAAAGAUUUCCCUCAAUUGACUGAAUUAAAGACUUUCAUAUAUUUUUCGUUUUAGAAAUUUAUUCGAAUUGUUUAUUAAAUAUCUAGGAAUUUUUAUACUUUGAUAUGUGUUCAAGCCGAAUCUGCAAAUCGUGAGUUUCUAAUUUUUUUUUAGAAUGUGUUGACCAAAAUGUUAUUAAUAUUAUUUAUUUCUUUUUUAAAUGUUGAAAUGUUGAGAACCUUAAACCCAGAAUGUAAUGAAACCAUAAGUUAUGGGAAUAAAAUAAGUGAUCAGAACAUAAAAA